AGCAAGAUUUGUUUAUAUUACAGAACAACGACCUGGUGUUAACUUGUUAUGGAGGAAGAUGAGUAUACUGGGAGUGGCGGGAGCACCCCAGUGCAGGAUGAGCCCAUGUAUAUGGACGGGGAAGGAAUCCAAGAGGAGAUGAUGAAUAUUGAUCAUGCCAAAGACAAUGACUCUGAUGUUGGGAGUGAAGCGGGUUCUCAGAGAGGUGGGAUUAGGGCUGAUGAUGAGGAUGCAGAAUAUGUAAGUGAUGGAGGAGAAGUGGAAAGGGAGGAGGUCGAACAGGAUAUUGUGGAGGAUGAUGAGAUGAAUUCUGGAGAUGAGGGUCCAGCCUCUCCUGCCAGUAGAGAUGGGUCAUAUGAUGGAAGUCCUCAAGGCUCACCAGACGGAGAAGGGCCAAUGUCUCCUGAAACACCCCCGAUGUCCCCAGGUAGUGGACCAGCCUCUCCAGAAGACAGUCCCCCUGCAAGCCCUGCCCCAAGUGGCAGUCCACCAGGGUCACCAAUGGGAAGUGCUAGUCCCCCAGGUUCACCUAGCGGACCAGCAUCUCCUGCUGGCAGUGGUAGCCCUCCAGGAUCCCCAUCAGGAAGUGCACUAGGGUCACCAAGAAGUCCAGCAUCACCAGCAGGUAGUGCUCCUGGUUCACCAGCUGAAAGUGGAAGUGCUCCUGGUUCUCCCAGAGAAUAUGAAAGUCCUCCAGCCUCUCCUACAGAAGCUGCUAGUCCUCCUGGUUCACCAAAUGCUUCCCCAAUGUACUCUCCUGUUAACAGUGGUCCUGCUUCACCAUCAGGGAUUGAAAUUCCAGUAAUGUCACCAGGAAGUGGGCCUGCUUCACCUGCAGGAAGUGGCAGUCCACCUAGAUCUCCAGCAGGAAGUGGCAGCCCUCCUCAAUCUCCAGCAGGAAGUGGCAGUCCUCCUCAAUCUCCAGCAGGAAGUGGCAGUCCUCCUCAAUCUCCAGCAGGUAGUGGCAGUCCUCCCCAAUCUCCAGCAGGAAGUGGCAGCCCUCCUCAAUCUCCAGCAGGCAGUGGCAGUAUGCCAGGAUCACCAACUGGAAGUAGGCGGUCUCGGAGUGGAAGUCCAGCUUCAAGAUCCAGAAGUCGAUCUGCUAGUGGAAGUCGUCGUUCCAUGUCGAGAAGCAGAUCUCGCAGUGGAAGUCCAGCAUCUCGUCGCUCUCGAUCACGAAGUAGUAGUCGGGGUUCACGUUCACGAUCACGAAGUGGAAGCAGGGGCUCUCGUCGCUCAGGAAGUGAAAGUUCUCGUGGAUCUCCCGCUGGACGGCGUCGCAUAGACUCUGAUAGUGAGGAUGAAGGAGCAAAGAAGUCAUUUAAAAAGAAAGCGAAAGGAAGUGAUGAUGAAGAUGAUAGUGACAAAGAGUCAGAAGUAGGUGAACUGAUCGCAGAUAUUUUUGGAUCAAGUGACGAAGAGGAAGAAUUUGAGGGUUUUGGUGAAGAGGAUGUAGAAGCUGCUAAUAAGAAAAAGGAAAAGAAAAAAUCUACAAUUCUGUCUGAUGAUGAGGACGAAGGGGGAGAGCAAGUCACUGGAGCAGUGGACACAAAUCAGGGUGCACAAGACAACUCUGAUGAUGAAGUAAAUCGAGACAAUGAUGGUGCAGGGUUUGUAUCCGACUUUGAACUGAUGAUGAUGAAAAAGAAAGAAGAAAACAGAAAGAACAGGAAGAAGAGGAAAGACUUUGACAUAAUUAAUGAUAACGAUGAUCUUAUUGUGGACAUGAUAAAAAAGAUGAAGGAAGCGGCAGAGGCUGACCGAGAGCUGAACACACAAAAGAAACCAGCCACGAGAAAACUCAAAUAUCUGAAGGAUGUUAAUUCUCAGUUAAAAAAGUCAGAUUUACACCUAGCAUUCCUUGACUGUGGAGUGUUGGCUGCUAUGACUGAAUGGCUAGCCCCUCUACCAGAUAAGAGUCUACCACAUCUCCAGAUCAGAGAUACCUUUUUGAAACACCUGCAAGACUUUCCUUCAGUGAGUAACGAGGGCCUGAAGGCCAGUGGUAUUGGAAAAGCUGUGAUGUAUUUGUACAAACACCCACGAGAAACCAAGACAAAUAAAGAACGCUGUGGCAAACUCAUAAAUGAUUGGUCACGUCCUAUUUUCAAUCUCACUUCCAACUAUAAGAUGUUAUCUAAAGAGGAACGGGAGCAGAGAGAUUAUGAACAGUUGCCAAAGAGAAGAAGAUUAAGUACGGAGGGAAUGACGCCUAGGAGAGACAUAGACAACGCCUUAGCUGGAGAUCAACAGGCCCUGCGUCCAGGUGAUAAAGGCUGGAUUAUGAGAGCAAGGGUUCCAAUGCCCUCUAAUAAAGAUUAUGUUGUGAGACCUAAAUGGAAGGUCGAAGAGAUGGUCAAAUCAUCCAGAAAGAAAGAUAUUACAAGAUAUGAAAAACAUGCAAGGUCAUUUGCUGAAAAGAAGAAGAUUGGAAAAGGCCAGCGUGCAGUGACAAUAAGCAUUGAAGGGAGAAAAAUGGCUUUAUGAGAGAGUGUUCAUCAUUCAGUUGUCAGAGACGAGAUUGUAAAAGAAAGUGUGAGUCUUUGAGUGGAGAAAGAUCGGAUGUGUUUAUCAUUAUGUGGGCAAAAAUGGAUUGAUGAAAGAAAGUGUGAAUCAUUGAAUGGAGAAAGAAUGGAGAAUGUGUUAAUCUAUCAUUAAGUGGGCAGGGAGAAAGAGAGUGUGAAUCACAGGAUGGAGAAAACGUGUUUAUCAUUAAGUUGAGAAACUUCUGAGAAGAUUUGAUUGUGGAGAGAGAGAUAAAUCAUACGCCGAGAAAAUGUGUUUAUUAUUCAGUGUAGAAAGACAGUAUUACUAGAGACUGUUAAUUGUAGAGGAAAAAAUAAGUGUUAUUUGAGGUUUGAUAAAGAAAUUUUGUAACCUGUUGGUUUGAUGUUGUAUCAUAACCAUUUCUUAGGUAAUUAUGUACAGACAAGUCCGGAUUAGUAGCUGUUCAAUUGCUAUCCUAUUCAUCCGACUGUAAGAUUGUGUGUGGUAGCAGACACAGACAUGUUUAUUACGUUUCUGCUUGAUUACCAAUAAAAGUUCUCCGAAGGUCUUUUAAUUAGCCGACCCAUGGACUUUGACCCAGAGCUAGUGUGUUACCCCUUGGUAUCUAUCAAUAUCGGAUAGACAUGGUAUAACACCGUUGUUUAAGCAAUAAAAAACAUACGACACUGAAAUCAGAUUCACUAAUUAUAGUAAAACUAUUACAUUUUUUCUUCAUCAUUUAGAUUUUUUCUGUUCAUCUUUUAUACGUUAUAUGUCAGAGAGCUGUUUUUUGAAGCUGCUUGUUUCAAGAUCUUUUGAUAUGUUUGAUGAAGUAAAUAUGGGAAGUGCUUACCAUAGUUUUAUCUUGUUAUUAGGAGCGUUUAUAGUAAAAUCACUGUGGUAAAAUUUUCAUGCUUUUGUUCCGCCAUAAAUGAUUCCAGCCAAGCCAAAAGUCAGGUACAAAAUCAGAAUUAUGCUUUUUGUAGGUACUGGUUAUCUAACAAAUUUAUUUUUUUAUCCUUAUUUCACCAUUAAUGACUCAUUGCUAGAUAUGUAAUCUCCCCACCAUAGAAAACAUGCUAUGUUACAUGGUUAAAUCCUUGAUACACCAUUAAAAUCCUUGAUACAACAUUCAUGACUCAUUGCUACAGUACAUGGUUAAAUCCUUGAUACACCAUUAAUGACUCAUUGCUACAGUACAUGGUUAAAUCCUUGAUCCACCAUUAACAACUCAUUGCUACAGUACAUGGUUAAAUCCUUGAUCCACCAUUAACAACUCAUUGCUACAGUACAUGGUUAAAUCCUUGAUGCACCAUUAACGACUCAUUGCUACAGUACAUGGUUAAAUCCUUGAUGCACCAUUAACGACUCAUAGCUACAGUACAUGGUUAAAUCCUUGAUACACCAUUAACGACUCAUAGCUACAGUACAUGGUUAAAUCCUUGAUGCACCAUUAACGACUCAUUGCUACAGUACAUGGUUAAAUCCUUGAUACACCAUUAACGACUCAUUGCUUCAGUACAUGGUUAAAUCCUUGAUGCACCAUUAACGACUCAUUGCUUCAGUACAUGGUUACAUUUUUAUUCCUGAUUAAAUCAAGAAAACACCAGUAGUUGGCUUCCAUGCUAUAUAAGGUAUUGGUGUUUAUUGUGACCAGAAUUCAAGAAAUUGAAAGUUUUGUUUCUUUAUCAAGACAAAUUGUGAUGGAUCUGUUGUAUUACUCUGUUAUCUUAUAUGAUUAAAAAAAGUCAGUUUCACUUAGUUUAAACAAUAUCUUAGUUACGAUAUUCAACAAUAUUACAUGCUACAUAUUGGGCACAAAAACAAGCUUCAAGCUUAUUUCAUUCCUGCAUACCAUAUUUUUAGCAACCACUGAAUUGAUUGUAAUGAAACGUUCAAAAUGUAUUGAUAUGAGUGAGGAGAUAUGUAAAAUGUUUUGGCUAAAUUAAAAUUCCUACAUGUGGAGGAUCAUAUUAUGUAGUCUUGAGGCUUAAACCUGAAGUUUUAUUUCAAACAGUAAUGUUUUUAUUUUAAACAUUUAUUAUUAUUGAUACAUAAGAUAAUGUUAACCAGCUGAGGAACACCAUUUUUUUACUUGCAUGUUUGAGUGUCUGGAUUAUGUUAUUUAGUGUUCAGAAAUUAAAGUUAAUCUCAUGAGAAUUUUAACUCUAGGUCCAACAUGUUAUAUAGACUUGGAUAUGUACUUAAAUAACUUUUUUACAACUUUAAAAAAGACUCCCAAUUUACAUCAGUGUAGUUCUUUUGUUAGGGCUACUCCAGUAAAUUAUGGUCAAUUUGACAAGGACGCAAAAAUAAAUUACUUCUAUCCAUGAUUUGGUUUUCUGACUGUUAUUUCUCAGCAAAUUAUCAAUUAAAUUCAAUGGCUGGUACCCUUAACAAAAAUCCUGCUGUGGGAAAGAUGUUUUACAGGAAUAGCCCCAAAGAAAACCUGGGGUUUUUGGUUGGGAUAGAUGUUUUAGUGGAAUAGCCCUAAAGAAAACAAAACCUAGGGUUUUGGCGUAAGACAGAUGUUUUGCUGGAGUAGCCCUAAACAAAACCUGGAGAGGGACGUUUUACUGGAAACGCCCUAAACAAAACCUGGAGAGGGACGUUUUACUGGAAACGCCCUAAACAAAACCUGGAGAGGGACGUUUUACUGGAAACGCCCUAAACAAAACCUGGAGAGGGACGUUUUACUGGAAACGCCCUAAACAAAAUCUGGAGAGGGAUGUUUUACUGGAAAAGCCCUAAACAAAAUCUGGAGAGGGAUGUUUUACUGGAAAAGCCCGAAACAAAACCUGGAGAGGGACAUUUUACUGGAAUAGCCUAUAACAAAACCAAAGAGGGACGUUUUACUGGAAACGCCCAAAACAAAACCUAGAGACAUUGUGGUAUUUGAUGUUAAGUAUCAAUUAACAAGGAUUUUUGUUCUACCUGGCAUGUGUUUGUAAUUCAUUUGGAACCUCAUUCACAGUUGAGUAUGAAAAAAACCUAUGAUUUGAUGUGAGGCAUUUGAAAAAAAUUAUGAAAACCUUAUGUUAAUCCUUGUAAUUAAAGAUAGUUUUGGGAUGGAAUUUUGAUGACUCUUUGUAAACAAUGAUUUCUGUCCUAAAAUGAUCGUAUUUCGACAGUUAUACUUUGCAGAAGAAAAAUUUGAAAAAAGUGACUUAUCAUUCAACUGCUUUUUUCCAGACUGUUUCAUGGAUGGCUUGCCGAGUUAAAAACCUUAAAAAGCUUGUUUUUUUGUGGUACUGGAUGGACACAUUUCAUCACAACUGUAUACAUGCUGAACACAUUUUAAUAAAAAUAUUAAUAAGAAA